UGAAGCCCGGAGCCGGAGCGCUCAGCCCGCCGCUGCUCUCCUGCCGCGCUGAUCGCUUAUCCAGUCACUUCAAGUCAGCUUUUAAAUCCUCCGUGUAAAAGUGCGCGUAGAGAGAAAGAAAAAGACAGACAGACAGGGCGAAGUUUGAAGUUUGAGAAUGUCUAUUUUACCCUUCACUCCCCCCAUCGUGAAGAGGCUGCUGGGCUGGAAGAAGGGAGAGCAGAACAGCCAGGAGGAGAAAUGGUGCGAGAAGGCGGUGAAGAGUCUGGUGAAGAAGCUGAAGAAGACGGGACAGCUGGACGAGCUGGAGAAAGCCAUCACCACGCAGAACGCCAACACCAAGUGCAUCACCAUCCCGAGGUCUCUGGAUGGGAGGUUACAGGUGUCUCAUAGGAAGGGUCUCCCUCAUGUGAUCUACUGCCGGCUGUGGCGCUGGCCAGACCUUCAGUCUCACCACGAGCUGAGAGCCAUGGAGCUGUGUGAGUUUGCUUUCCACAUGAAGAAAGACGAGGUGUGUGUGAACCCCUACCACUAUCAGCGUGUAGAGACGCCAGUCCUGCCACCAGUUCUGGUGCCUCGGCACACUGAGAUUCCCAGCGAGUUUCCUCCUCUGGAUGACUACAGUCACUCCAUCCCUGAAAACACCAACUUCCCUGCUGGCAUCGAGCCACCGAGCAACUACAUUGCAGAAACACCUCCUCCAGGCUACCUCAGUGAGGAUGGGGAGACCAGCGACUAUUCCUUGAACCCUAACAUGGACACAGGAUCUCCAAGCCUUUCACCAAAUUCUUUAUCUCCACCACCGAGCAACUUAGACCUGCAGCCUGUGACCUACUGUGAGCCAGCGUUCUGGUGCUCCAUAUCCUACUAUGAGCUGAACCAGCGGGUGGGGGAAAUCUUCCAUGCAUCCCAGCCCUCUCUCACAGUAGACGGGUUUACCGAUCCAUCCAACUCUGAGCGUUUCUGCCUGGGUCUGCUGUCCAAUAUUAAUCGCAACGCUGCCGUGGAGCUCACACGCAGACACAUUGGCCGAGGGGUGCGUUUAUACUACAUCGGAGGUGAGGUGUUUGCUGAGUGUCUCAGUGACAGCGCUAUCUUUGUUCAGAGUCCCAACUGCAACCAGCGAUACGGCUGGCACCCCGCCACCGUCUGCAAGAUUCCACCAGGCUGUAAUCUGAAGAUCUUCAAUAAUCAAGAGUUCGCUGCUCUUUUGGCUCAGUCGGUGAAUCAAGGAUUCGAGGCUGUGUAUCAGCUGACCCGUAUGUGCACCAUCCGCAUGAGCUUUGUCAAGGGCUGGGGAGCUGAGUACAGGCGGCAGACGGUCACGAGCACCCCCUGCUGGAUAGAGCUCCACCUCAACGGACCCCUGCAGUGGCUGGACAAGGUCCUUACCCAGAUGGGCUCUCCCUCCAUCCGCUGCUCCAGCGAGUCCUAGGAAAAAUCCUCUUAUUAACACCACAGGAAGUAGCCAAUCCAAAACCACACAAACAGAUAUGUAUUUCUCCAGGAACUGAGAUUUUAAAAGCCAUGAGUCAGUAGGAAACUAGAGCCUUACAAAACCCACCCCAUUUCAGUAGCACUUUCAUACACACACACACACACACACAUUCAUCUCGAAGAGGAAGUGUGUAUUCAGCAUACAAUUUUUGUUUCUCCUUUGUCCGUAUUGUUGAUCACCGGCAUCCUGUUUAGCUUCUUGUAUUUUGGUGAAUUGAAUCAAUUUGGUUGAUCAUGUGUACUGUAGAUUUCCCUUUGUUGUCUUUCUGUGUACAGUGAAAUAUUAAUGGAGUUUUAUAUAUUUUAGUUAAACCUGUAGUUUUGGUUAAUUAUCUCUGAACAAAAUAACAGAAGAAAGCUCACGGUGUAGUAUAUUCUAAAUGUUAAUGUGAGAUUGGAGAUUGUGAGCAAAACUCGUCAUGUGCAUGCUUACCUUUUGAUUUAAUCCUGACUGAUUUUUUUUUUUUUUUUUUUGAGUCUCAUGCCAGGAAAAUUUUUCUGGGAGGUAGAACUGAGCACAUUCACUGAAGAAGCACCCUCCCCAUGCAUAGCCAUAAUUCCUCAGUGCCUUGAGAUGGAAGAGUGAAAUUAUUAACAUUAAUCGCUAAAGGAAUGCACUAGCAUUUUUCAACCUAAUGUCUCUUCACCACAUCUGAAGUGUAGGUGUGGUUCCUACAGACAAGAAUUUCAACACGUCUGCUUGUAGUGAGAAAAUAACAGAAACCCUGUUUACUCAAAACUAAGCUUUGAUGCAAGUCUAACAGCAGCUGUUGUGGUGUCAGUAAACGGUUAUGCGUUGAAGAACAGUUUCAUAAAUUCUUCACUUAAAGGCAUUUUACGGUUAUGUUAUAAGGCUCCAAACUUUUUAAGAGGGACGAUCGGAUUGUUUCUGAUCCCAAGAUCUAUAUUCUUAGAGUGUGACAAGUUUUUAUACUGUACGAUUGUUUUGCAUUGUAAAGUCUCAUCUCAUCUCAUUAUCUCUAGCCGCUUUAUCCUGUUCUACAGGGUCGCAGGCGAGCUGGAGCCUAUCCCAGCUGACUACGGGCGAAAGGCGGGGUACACCC